AGAGAUGGCGCAUCGAUAAUGCGCAUCGUCUCUCCUGCACCUGACGAUAUUUCACCUUGGUGUCGCCAUAACGCAACGGAUGACCUCGCGUAGCGCGCAACGCGCUAUGCCACAAUAAGAGCGAAGAUGGGCUUAACAGAGAAAUACUAAAUACUGACAGGGCGAGCAGUGGUCGUUCUGUAAAUGGCUCAGCAGAAAAGGCUGCGCGGAUGAGGCAGCCUACAGUUUGGGCUAUUAAUAGGAGAGCUUGGCUGAGGGAGUUUUGACUCGUGGAGACGGAGGGCUUCGUCGCAAGUGGCCGGACACGGUGUAUGAAUUCUUUCUGCGCAGAUCAUUGAAUAAGUGCAUGUGGUAGUGUUUUUUUAAAUCGAAAACAUCAUGGACGUGUUAUCAGCGUUAAACCUGGGCGAAGUGUCCAGCUAUUUUUCUAAAAUGGCCAUGUUUCCAGUUUUUGAUCUUGCUUACUACAUCGUUUCCAUACUCUACCUCAAGUAUGAGCCGGGCUCGGUGGAGGUCUCCCGCAAGAGUCCCGUGGCCUCCUGGCUGUGCGCUAUGCUCUACUGCUUUGGCAGCUACAUCCUCGCUGACAUCAUCCUCGGCGUGUGCCCCGUCGACUAUUUCCAACACAACAGCCACAUCCUCCUCGCCACCGCCGUCUGGUACCUGAUCUUCUACUGCCCCCUGAACCUGUUCUACAAGUGUGUGGCCUUCCUGCCCAUCAAGCUGGUGCUGGUGGCCCUGAAGGAGGUGGUCCGUGCCCGCAAGAUCGCCGCCGGCGUACACCACGCCCACCACGCGUACCACAGCGGAUACCUCAUCAUGAUCAUCACCGGAUACGUCAAAGGCUCUGGAGUGGCUCUCAUGUCCAACUUUGAGCAGUUGGUGAGGGGUGUGUGGAAACCAGAGACCAAUGAGAUCCUCAACAUGUCAUUCCCAACCAAGGCCAGUCUGUAUGGAGCCAUUCUGUUUACGCUGAUGGAGGCCCACAUCCUCCCCGUGUCCAAGAGCACACUCAUCUGCAUCUUCACACUCUUCAUGGCCACCUCCAAGGUGGUCAUGACCGCCAAACACUCCCACGGCUCUCCCUUCGCCCUGGUGGAGGGCUGGGUGUGCCACCUCCUCUUCGGCUCUCCCCUGGGCUCCGAGGAGGAGCACCACGCCCCCGCCGCCCCCGCACCCUCCCCCGUCAAGACCAAGGAGGAGCUGAGCGAAGGAACGCGCAAGAGGAAGUCCAAGAAGGCCGAGUAGACAAGCCCUCCCCUUUCCUCCGUCCGAGAGGAGAGGAGACGAGACAAGACGACAACCUGAUGUCACCUUAUGCCACAUCCCUCAUCCACCCAAUAGCUACUCCACUGUCCCGUGGCCACCAGACGCCACCACAAGCCACCCCACUCUGGUCCAGAGCACACACCCCCUCCUCCUCCCCCGCUGCUUACGGAUGGGGGAGGGGGGAGAGAUGGGACUUCCUAUUUAUGUCACAUGACCAGGGAAGGGGGCGGAGCAGGUGUGCCGCAGGGCGCUGUUUUAAAAUGGUGCUUACACAAUGUAUUUCAGUAUAUUAUUUAAUAAUUAUGUAAAUAUUCUUCAUUAUUAUAAUGAUAUGACGCUGUAAAAUAGCUGGCAAAUGUCCCAUGUGAUUUCAGCAAGCAGUUAUAUAUUACAGGUAGAUAUAUAUUUAUUAUUUAUAUAUUUUCUUAGCCAACCUUCUACUCUUCUCUGCUUGCGUUAGCCUUUCAGUCAGCGUGGCUGUUUUGAAAUUCAAGUAUUUCAUUCGGAUUGUUUCUUCAUUCUGAUUUCUACCAGUGAACGAUUUUUUUUGGCCAAAAUGAGGAAUGUGGACUAAUCUGUUGGAUGAAAUGGUAGAGUUGCCGCACCAGAGGAGGGGGGACGCACCACCACCGGCCAUCAUCGACUACACAUGGCAACUUUUUACACAUCGAGAAUAAACGGAGGAAUGUCUGGGCAGGGUUUUGUUUUUCAUUUGGACAUUACUAUGAGCCUUUUCCGAAUAGUAUCCCUGUGUGUGCACUGGUUAAGUAUCCCUGUGGGUGCACUGGUAUGUGUUUCACAUACAGUCCUGUACCAUCUCUCUCAUAAGGGUAUUCAGGAUCAGAAUCAACAUGUACAGAGAUGACAAGUUUACCAUGGUUUUGGUUGAAGACGGUUUUAUUUGAAGGAAACAGCAUUUUUUUCUAAAAAAGUAUAAUAAACCCAUUGCAAAUGGUUAAUUUCUCUAAUUCGUUGAUGUUUAAUGUCACAAAGGACUUUUAUCAACAAUGCUGUGAAAAAAACCCAACUGCUGUGGAGAGAAAUAAAGGACCUAUGAUUGAUAAAUA